AUGCCUGGGCCCGGCGAAGCGGCUAGGCUAUACGCAGCUUCCCCUCUUCCUUCAAAAUUACGAUCUCCCUCCGCUAUUCAGACUAAAUCCGCCAUACCAUCCAAUCUCGGACCAUCGGGACUAUCGCCGAAUAAGAGCUCGUUUCGAUCCCCUUCCGUAUGCCUCACCCCUGGCAGUCCAGACAAAGCCAUACGGCGGACUGUGAGCAUAGCUGCAUUCCCACAGCCUCCCAAAGCCAGCCGGCCGUCUCUCUCCACUCAGUCUUCCUUCUCAAGCAACGCCCCAGAAACCACCAAGCCCGCAUCCGCUACCAGAACGAAGAAAAAGGCCCCGCGCAUUGAUACAGGGGGCAGCUCACAGCUCAAGAACUCAAAAACACCUAGCCUGCUCAACGGUAGCGGAGAUGGUAAAUCGAUUCCAAAUUCCAGAAAUUCUGAAGGCCAUGCCAGUAUCGUCUCGCCUACACAGAGCAGGAGCUCGUCUACUCAGGACUCGUACUCGACUAGUGCUACCACAUAUGAUGAUAAUGAAGACAGCACACGACGGGGCAGAGACGGUGUAGAGGACUCAGCUGGAAGUUCUAAUCGAAACCCGAAAGGCAAGGAAGGGAAAGGGAAUGUGCUUGUCAGCGUACGAGUUCGACCUGAUCUAGCUUCCGCGGAUGAUAAUGUUUUUACCACCCAUGAUAAUAAUGCUAAGGUGUACGACGCAUCCGCGAAACGACUUGUCCGCCGCGUUAUGGAAGGAUACCACGGCACUGUUUUUGCUUAUGGAAUGACGGGAACUGGAAAGACGUUCUCCAUGCAAGGAACUGCGACAUCUCCUGGUGUCAUACCGCUCGCCAUCACGGAUAUCUUCUCAUAUAUUCGAGAGACGCCCCACCGCGAAUUCCUACUUCGAGUUAGUUAUUUAGAAAUAUACAACGAGAAGAUUCACGAUCUACUGUCUAUGUCUGCCUCAGGGCAAGGAAAUGGAGGUGGAGGCGGACAGGGACAGCAGCAGGAAGAAAUCAAGCUACGCGAAGAUAGCAAGAGAGGUGUUUACGCUACACCACUCAAGGAAGAGAUCGUCCAAAGUCCAACGCAGCUGUUACGAGUGAUUGCUAGAGGUGAUCAUUCCAGGAGAACGUCCAGCACCCAGUUUAACUCGCGAAGUUCUCGAAGUCACGCUGUCGUGCAGAUCGUGGUGGAAAGCAGGGAACGCGCCCCCGUUGCUGGGCAGGAGAAGCGUGCUGCAAUUGCACCUGGUGGCGUCCGAGUAUCGACUCUUAGUUUGAUCGAUCUCGCUGGCUCUGAACGUGCUGCUGAAAGUAAAGAGCGCAGAGCAGAGGGUGCCCAUAUUAACAAGAGUUUGCUCACACUGGGAACAGUCAUUGCUCGUCUAACUGUUGAAAAGGAGGGCAAGAAUGGCUCGGAGAAAGAAGGGAAGCAUUUACCUUACCGAGACAGCAAGUUGACUCGAUUGCUUCAGCCUGCGUUGUCGGGUAACUCCCUUGUCAGUAUUCUCUGCACGAUUCAGGUUGGAUCUGGUGGAAGUGUGGCAUCCUCUCAAUCGCAUACAGGCGAGACCAUGAACACGCUCAAGUUCGCCGCACGAGCAAAGAAUAACAUCGUCAGUCAUGCGAAGCGUGCUGAAGAGUCCAUGGGCAAUGGCACAGGUGAUGCCGGCAGCAGAGUACUUCUCGAACGAUACAGGAUGGAAAUCCAAUCACUACGACGCCAACUAGAGAACCAAGCAAAGGCCGAAACACCGACUACACACACUGAAUCUGAAUCGAAGGAAGAGGAGAGGGCAAAGGAAAAAGAAGCUGAGCUUCGCCAUGAAGAACAAAUGCUGGAGAUGCAACUUGCUCGCACAGCGCUAAAAGAACGAAUUGAGCACCUUAAUAGGUUGAUCCUAUGCUCCAAGUCGACAGGCGUAAACGCAAGUCUUGCUGGAUUCACCCAGACGAGCCCGGGAUCUGUCGAUAUGCGCUCCUUGCGCUCUUCAGCUUCCCAAUCUACACUGGGCGCGGCCUCGGCAUUAAACCGCUCUACAUCUCUUGCCUCGAUGAAAAGCACCAGCACAACCGCAGGCGGCCAAACUACCCCGUCCGCAUCCUUUGCUCACCACGACCAUGACGAUGAUGAUAUGAUGGGUGAAUUCGGUGACGGUAUGGCCAGUUUACAAGUCCAAGUCAACGCUUUACAGGCCGAUCUUGCGGAUAAGAACAGAUACAUCUCUACUCUUGAGCGUAGGCUGCUCCAAGCUCGUCGAUCAAGCCACUCCCGCGUUUCAAUGGGUCUAAAUCAUCAUCACCUCAAAUCUUGCAGUACUGCGUCAUCCUCGAAUAACGACACAGACUUAUCGGCUGCCUUACGGGAUAAGGAUAUCGAAAUUGCGGACCUGCGACUCCAGUUAGACGACAAGGACCGAAUGGUUGCGGCAUUGAGGUCGGCCGCCAGACAAAGGGACAUGGCGCAUCUGACAGGCGGGACUGCAAGCACACCCAGUCGAGCUGAUGCUGCGCCCACGCCGCCACCACUUCACCCCCCGCCACCCGUGGGAGCAGAUUAUAAAAUUAUGGGCAUCAACAACGCCAUCCUAUCCCACCAUCACCACAAUCACCACCACCAUAACCACCAGGGUGACACCAACUCAUUAUUCAGCGGUAGCGGUGCCGGCGCCGGCUCGGUAUUAGGAAGAGUCAGCCCCAACCUUCUCCCACCCGUCAAGCUAGCGGCCGAAAAGGAGAGGGACAAGAAACGAAAAAGUGUUGAUGAGAUGUCACGCAUGCUAGACGAGAUGAUCCAAGAUCGUGUCGAGAGCGGACAUCUCGUUAAAAACUCUAGGGGACACAUGCGAGUUUCCAGUGCUGGUAUAUCACCCAGAACUAGCGAAACCCCACCCAUGAAUGCUACCAGGAUGUCCACUGGCACAGUUGCAGAUCACACGUCGACAAGUAACGGUUUCUUUUCUGAAACCAACUACCACCCAGAUGAUACCAAGGGCUCUAUAUCCUCCAACACCGGAAAUGAACUGCGGCGCGAGGAAUCGUCAGAGUCGACUGCUCAGUCUCUAGAUACGGUCGUUGGCAACCUGCAUGAGCCGGCAUCCCGGCCUUUAUCGUCGUAA